CCCGUUCCUUUUAUUUAUUAUUUUUAACGCUACCGAUACUUCCUAAAUCCCCGAUGAGCGGCGCAGGGGAGGCCGCGCGUUAUUUUGCGCCGUGUCAGGAGUCCGUGUGAGCCGCCGCCGCCGCCGCAGGAGAACUUACCGGGAAGGCACAGGAGAAUCGCAAAGCUUAGCUCUCGGUGUAGUAAUCACUUCCUUCACUUCGAUCUGCCAAAGAUGGUUGAUCGCUUGGCAAACAGCGAGGCAAAUUCAAAACGUAUAAACCUAGUGGAAAGUUGCUUUGGAACAGCUGGCCAGCCAUUGGCGAUCCCAGGUCGAGUUCUAAUUGGAGAAGGAGUUCUUACAAAACUUUGCAGGAAAAAACCAAAAGCCAGACAGUUUUUCCUAUUCAACGAUAUUCUAGUCUAUGGUAAUAUUGUUAUUCAGAAGAAAAAGUACAACAAGCAGCACAUUAUUCCUCUCGAAAACGUUACCAUUGAUACCAUUGAAGAUGAAGGAGAGCUGCGAAAUGGCUGGUUGAUUAAAACUCCUACCAAAUCAUUUGCAGUUUAUGCCGCCACGGCCACAGAGAAAUCCGAAUGGAUGAAUCACAUUAAUAAAUGCGUUUGUGAUCUAAUAUCCAAAAGCGGGAAGACUCCCAACAGUGAACAUGCGGCAGUCUGGAUACCGGAUUCAGAGGCAACAAUUUGCAUGCGCUGUAAGAAAGUGAAAUUUACCCCCGUCAAUCGCCGACAUCACUGCCGGAAAUGUGGAUAUGUCAUUUGUGGACCUUGCUCGGAGAAGAGGUAUCUUUUGCCAAGUCAGUCUUCCAAGCCUGUGCGGGUUUGUGAUUUCUGUUAUGAUCUUCUGUCCAAUGGGGAUUUUUCUUCCUGCCUGCCUAGUAGGUCGGACUCCUUCUCCCACCCUUCGAAGUCCAAAAAUAAUUUGUCAGAUGACGACGACGAUGAGGACAGCAGUGACUAAAAAUAAGCACAAUCUAAAAAGGAUAUUCUUUAUAUGGAAAUCUGAGCUGCUGUUAGAUGAAUACGUUCAUCUUCAUGGACCCUCCGUCAACCCAAAAUAGUGUUUUUGUUUUUUGCAGAAUAUAUUACUUCAUGUGCCUCAAUUUUAAAUGCUUCAGGUUUCUUCAGGGAUAAACUAUAGCUCCUGUAGUUACUGCCUUGCAGCUACGUAUGCAUAAUUUGUGUCUCUACUAAGGUUUUUCAGAGCCGGGUUUGCUGCAGGUAUGAGUUAAACUAUUGUAAAUAUAGUGGAAAAAGAAGCCAAGCCCUCUUCUACUAGACACACAUCUGUAUAACAAAUAGUUAAACUGAGAUGCAAAAACGAUCACUUUGUGCCUUAUGAUUGCUAAAAUGUGAGCAUUGACCCCCCGUUCUUUGACAUAAUCACGUAUUUGGUGCUUGGUCAAACACUAUAGGAAUAAAGUUUUUUUUCCAUGUAAGGCUAAGGAUAUUUUCUUUUUUUUUCCAGGGGGCUUUUAUAUUUUUUUUUUACCAAAUAUAAAUUGGGGCGUGUAGCCUAAAAACUUGCAAUGUAAUAUUUGUAGUUUUAAACCUUUUUCUGUAUUUUUGGUUAAAUAUAAACCUUUAAAUGCAAUCACCUUCAAUCAUCCAAAUACAAUGUAUUUUCUUUCUAUUUAAAACCCUUUGUGCCGUAUAAUAAACUCCUCUCCUUAUGCAGUA